AUGGCAGUAAUCUUAACCUUCACAACUCUGCUAGCGGGCUUGGCGUCUGUUUCGUCCGCCAACCCUAUCCCUCUUCAGGGCUGUGACGAACUUGCAUCCUUUUGGUCCACAGUCCAAGGAGCAGCCUCUACCGCAUGCUUCUUCUCUCCUUCGAGUCCACAAGAGGUGUCAACGGCUGUUGUGGCCGUCCGUAAGGGCCAAUGCCAGUUUGCCGUCAAGAGCGGCAACCAUUAUUCUUUCGAGGCCUCCACCAUCGAGAACGGACUCGUCGUUGAUCUUGCUCACCUGAACAGAACGACUGUCAGCAGUGACAGAAAGUCUGCCAUUAUCGAGCCUGGGUCGAGAUGGUCCAGUGUGUAUCCCAUCCUGCAAGAGCAUAACCUAACUGUGCCCGGUGGCCGGAUGUUCGGCGUCGGUGUUGGCGGUCUCACCUUGGACGGAGGAAUCUCUUGGCUGAGCAAUCUGCACGGGCUGACUUGCGACAACGUCCUUGAGUACGAGGUGGUCCUAGCCGAUGGCCAGAUUGUGACAGUGACUCCCGGAGCUUACCCCGACCUCUACUGGGCGUUACGUGGGGGCGGGAGUAACUUUGGAAUUGUCACCAAGUUCAACAAUGCCAACAUCUCUGCCAAUGCGGCCUUCUUCAACUGGGGCGACCGCCUCGUCGAGACGGACCUCAAAAGUGGCGGCGUUCUCCUAUGGGAUGCCAAUAUCGACAGCUCACCCACUGGCACUGCGAUUAUGACACAUUCGGACACGUUCGCCGACGACGCACAUCCAAAGGCUCUUGAUGGGUUCUACGAGGUCGGUCCGAGCAACAUUUCGGCAGGUAACGCAUACCACGAUGAGAUCGCUGACGGGCUGGUCUUUCCCGGGGGCGUCAACCGCAACUCCUUCUGGACGACUUCCUUCGAGCUCGACGGGGAGAUGAUGCAGACUGUCUUCGAUAUCUGGAACGAAGAGUCCAAGACGAUUGCUUCCCUAGCAACCCAGCAGCUACAUCUUCAGUUAUUUACCCGCUCCCAGCUGAACUUCAUGAAAACUAACGGCGGGAACCCAACCGGUUUGGCUGGCCAAUCUCGACCGGUUGGCUUUGUCAACAUUGUCGCCAUGUGGGAGAAGGCCGAGGACGAUGAGACGAUCUAUCGAGCACAGAAACGCAUUGAGGACCAAAUCAACGCCGCUUCCAAGGAGAGAGGACUUUACAAUGCCUACAAGUACACAAACUACGCCAGCCAAUUUCAGGACCCUUUCUCGGGCUACGGAAGUGCAAGCAAGGCGCGGUUGUUGCAGAUUGCCAAGACCUACGACCCCGAGGGUGUCUUCCAAAUGUUGGUCAGUGGAGGUUUCAAGCUCACUCGUGGUCCGCAGGGACUAUAG